AUGAGCUUCAACAUAACUUCCGACGGGUCUCCCACACCCCGCAAGGGCCCCAACCGAUUCUCCAAGGCCGGCGAUCUCAGGAUUGACACCUCGCCAGAGGUCCUGGGUCAGGCGGUAGGCAGCAUGAGCCUGCACCAAUACCCAUAUGCCUUCCAACGUGCGUUUGGCUCAUCGUUGACUUGCAAUACACAGGGCAUGAAGCGACCACUCGGUUCUUCUACCCUGGGCAAUCAAGCGCCUAUGCUGCAGCAGCACGACUCAUUCGACGGCUAUAAGAAGCCCAAGAUGGGAGCUCACGAGGAGUCAGCCGUCAUGGACUCGCUCUUGCAGCGCCUGAAUGGACGCUCCCCUCCGCACGACCCGUAUAGCUCCUCCAACGGAUCGAUCCCCAUCACACCGGCCACCGACGACUUCGCAUCUACCCCAUCGACGGAGUUGGACGGCUCGAUCAUCCUCGUCGAGGCUUGCGAGCUACAAAAGCUUAAGCUAGAACUACAAGAGGCCCGCAACGAAGUCAACCGCGUCAACCAGGAAAUGCAUAGCCAUCAUGUGGCCCGGUCGACCAUGGAGCACCUGAGCCAAUCGUCAGAGGCUGAUUAUAGCUACCCGGGUGAUGUCACUGAGCAGACUCUCACCAGCUUGCAGAACAAAUUCAAUGCUUCCACUCGGAGCAACUACGGUUGGGGCAAUGAGCCUGCUCGCCCAGCCUAUACCAGCAACAACAGCUUCGGCAACUCAUACCAGCCCCAGGUGCAGCCUCAGCCCCAGCCUCAGGCCCGUCCACAACCCGCUCAGUCAGGCUAUCGUCGCAAUGGCUUCUUGAACGAGCCCACUCAUUUCCCUCUCGACCAGAGCUUCCGCAGCAGCGGGAUGUCCAACGGCUUCAAUGCCGGUAUGGGUAAUGGCAUGCCUAACCCCAUGAACAACAACUUCAACGGUAUGAACAUGGGCAUGGGAAAUGGACUGAGUAAUCCACCUAGCCGCCCUAGUUCGGCCUUCGAUCCGAGUUACAAUCAGUACGCUAUGCCGCCCAUGUAUCCGAUAGGCCACCCGGCUCCGAUUGGUACAAUGGCCAGCAGAUUGUCGCCAGAUGCGAACGAGUUCAACGUGGCCAAUGGCAUGGGACCGUCUCCAUGGAACUCUCAGGCUCCGAGUGAGGCGGGUACUUCACAGUACGUGCCCCCUGUUGAACCCAUGAACUAUCGUCGCCUGUUGGACCGAAACAUGAGCUGCAACUGGAAGUACAUCGUCGAUAAGAUCAUCUGCAACAACGACCAGCAGGCUUCCAUCUUCCUUCAGCAGAAGCUCAAAGUAGGCACACCGGAACAGAAGUAUGAGAUUGUGGAGGCAAUCAUCUCCCAAGCUUAUGCAUUGAUGGUCAACCGCUUCGGCAACUUUCUUGUACAGCGUUGCUUUGAGCAUGGUACGCACGAUCAAGUCAUCGCGAUCGCCCAAGCCAUUCGCGGCAAUACUCUCGCCUUGAGCAUGGAUGCAUUUGGCUGCCAUGUCAUCCAGAAGGCCUUCGACUGCGUCCCGGAAGAGUAUAAAGCAACUAUGGUGCACGAACUGCUUCGUCGCAUCCCAGAGACUGUCAUUCACCGUUACGCUUGCCACGUCUGGCAGAAGCUCUUUGAGCUCCGUUGGAGCGACUCUCCUCCCCAGAUCAUGCGCUACGUCAACGAAGCUUUACGAGGCAUGUGGCACGAAGUUGCUUUGGGCGAGACGGGCAGCCUGGUCGUACAGAACAUCUUCGAGAACUGCCUUGAGGAAGACAAGCGUCCCUGCAUCAACGAGGUGCUCGCCAGUAUCGAUGUCAUCGCCCACGGUCAAUUCGGCAACUGGUGCAUCCAGCAUAUUUGCGAGCAUGGUGCGCCCGCUGAUCGUAGCCGAGCUAUCGAUCACAUCCUUCGCUUCAGUACUGAGUACAGCAUGGACCAGUAUGCUUCCAAGGUCAUCGAGAAGUGCCUGAAGAUUGGUGGCAACGAGUUCCUGGACCGGUACCUGGACCGCGUAUGCGAAGCUCGCCCCGACCGUCCACGCAUGCCUCUUAUUGAUAUUGCUGGUGAUCAGUUCGGCAACUAUCUUAUCCAGUAUGUCUUAACCAACAGUGGUACCCAGCAUCGCGAGCUCGUUGGCGGCCACAUCCGUAAGCACAUGGUCUCUCUCCGCGGUUCCAAGUACGGCUCUCGCGUCGCCAUGCUCUGCUGCAACCCUGCCCUUGCGACACGCCCAGGACCUCCGGCGGGCAUGCUUCCCCGCUAUGGCAACCCCGCACCGCGCCCCAGUUUUGGCGCAUUCCGUUAA